UCCAUGUAUAAACUCUGAGACAAAACUCACUAGAGUUACUAAAACAUUAUGACGUAAUGAGAUAAAUCAAACUGCUUCACAAAACAUAUUAAUUUAGAAAAAUCUUUCUUCUUCCUCAUUGUCCUCAUCAUCACCUUGCUCUUUAUUUUGCUUCUUGCCAACCUAGCAUGUUGUAAAUUAUAUAUCAGUAUUUUUAACAACUUCAAAAGUAUUAAGAAAUAAAUAAUAUACAAAUUAAUUAAUAGUAUGAACAUCAUGCAAUUUAAAUUUCUUCAUUUUAGGGAAAUGCGGGAAUAAGUAAUUGUUGACAGAAAAAAUUGACUUUUGUACUAUUGAAAACGUUUUGAGUGGCUCUUGUAACAUAGUACCAGUAUCCCCACACAUCAAGAUUUCUCCAUCUGCAAGAGAUUAUUUGUCAAACUAUAAUUAGCAAGGGGAUCAUUAGCAAGUUUUUUAAUAGGAAGUUAGAAUGAUAGUAAGUAGUUUCAACCUAUGGUAGGUAUGUAUGAGCACGAUUAAAACAAGACUUCAAAGGAAGAAUAUCUAUAACAAAUACAGAAAUCCAGCUAUAAUUAGUGAAGAUGAUCUAUGGCAUAUAUAUGAACAUGCAAAUGACAUAUCGAUUUCCCGACAAAUGGGUAAAACAAAACAUCUGUCUUCUUGGAAGAAGACCGCAAAGCCUCUUAUCAUAAUAUUAAAGAACAGCUUGAACACUAUAUCUGACCCAGUAUCAUAUCUGCUGAAACAAACACUGCUUUCUCCUACCGGAGGACAGAAAAUAGAUAAAACAGUGGAUGGGAGGAUCUUCCAUGCAAAUAACAUUAAAAAGUGUACUUAUAAGUGGCAUACUUUACCCAUCUAUGCAUAACAAGAUGAAAAAGCAAUAUCUUCUACUCCUGCCAAACUCUCUAUUCAAUUCUCUUGCUUUCUUAUUCGUAAACUCAAUACAAAUCUAAUAAAGAAAACACGUAGUUUAAUUGACUCAAAAUUUAUUUAAUGAAAAUAGUUUUUUGCUCAUGUUUUCUUGAUAAUUUUAUUUGUUUAUGUUGUGUGUACUUUAUAUGGAGUAUCCAAAUUCAUCUAAUGUUGCACCGAGCUUACAUCUAUAAGCCAAAAUUUUAUGGAAUAUCCACUCAAGUAAUCGACAUGC